AUGUAUACUGACUCCCCUCCCGUCGCCUCCUCCUAUGCCUCACCACCCCUCACCCCCUUCCAGGAAUACCAGCGGGAGCGCCAGCAGCAGUUUUACAGAGUUUUCCCUGCUGCACGAUAUCACGACAUCACUCAGUGGGCUAGCCUUUCUCAAUAUUCACCAUCACCCAUUGAGUAUCAUGAUCUAAACAACACCUUUGGGGGACCUGUAUUCCAAUACGACACCACUCUAACAAGCUCGGGACUUGAUCGUGGCUAUACUGCUGUCGAUACAGGAGCAUUGCAAAACAGGGCCAUCGAGCUCCCUUCGCAGCAAUAUUCAACUCAAGCGUACUAUGAGUCGUAUCCCGCCAGCACAGAUUUAGAGCAAUGUGAGUCUGACCGGGACACUACUGUCCAGCAUAGUACAAAUCUUCAUUCGGGCAGCUACUAUACACCUACAAGUCCAGAUGUGGUUUCGUACUAUUCAGAGCAGAGCAACCAUACUACCUCUGACACCAUAUCGUACCAUAUUCCUGUUCAGCAAAUCCCGACGGCUUAUAAUACCACGAAACAACAAUAUUCCAACGUUCAGGCGGAUUCACCUAGCGUCGAAGCCAGCUAUAUUCCAUCCUAUAGCCAGCAUACCAAUUACGAACACACUUACCCGAACCACAACGAUGCUGCCCCUAUUGUUGAUCUGCAACCUCCCAUCAGUCACUCACAUUACCAACAACAGGCAACCGCAGAGCUCAGUUCAUCUCAGCGCACUCAUUUCUCCGAACCCAUUCCCCAGCCUCUUAUACCCAUCCCGGGCCAAUUGCCAAAUACCCAGUAUCCAAACCAUGAGGGAGCUCAGGCACCCUCACCAGUUCCAUCCCCGAUUACGAGAAGGAUUGUGCCCGAAGGGCACAUGAGACACGAAACGGAAUCCUUGUCCGCCAAUUCAUCCUCAAGUACUCGCACCGCCCCUCGCACCGAUCGUCACAGUCCACGUUCAACUUCUCAUAUCCCUUCUCAAGCACCGAAUUCCCCAGAGCCCUCUGGGACAGGAUGGAUGGGUCCCCCAUCUGGUCCGCCGUUGCUUCACCAACCUCGUCCAUUAUCGAUGCCCUUAAGCCCACUUCCAACAAAACGUCAACUGGAGAAAAAGCCUCCUCUAGCGUGUCUGUUUUGUCGGGGAAGAAAGAUUGCGUGUGGCCCCCCUAUUCCUGGAAGCACCGAUAGAACUUGCAAUCAAUGCCAAAGGCGUUCGCUGCCGUGUGAAUACCCGACAGAAAGUCGUCGUGGGAUGCGGAAGAAAAAGGUAUUGGAUUCCGUUGAAACUGCCAGCAAGAGCUCUUCUACGGCUUCCCCAUCUGCUGACUCCGCCGACUAA